AUGCUAACAAAAUUUCUUUUGUGUUCUCUUCUCUUCCGUUAUGUAUUAAUCAAAUGUGUUGUGUCGGUUUCUAACGAAACCCACACAAAUACACCUUUGACAACUAUCACAAAAGGUGGCAACAUAACUAAGCCAGGCUGCCAAACCAAGUGUGGGAAUUUAACUGUUCCAUAUCCAUUUGGCAUUGGAAUAGAGUCAGGAUGUUCUAUCGACCCUCAAUUCGAUAUCAACUGCAACACAUCUUUCAACCCUCCAAUGCCCUUUAUUUCAACAGGAAACAUUGAAGUUUAUGAUAUAACAGAUUCCCAAAUAAGGAUCAAGAAUUUGGUAGCUGUCGGAUGUUACGACAAGCUAGGAAAGCCGAUCAGGCAAACCUCAUUAUGGAUCGAGUUAUCUCCAUACUUGAGCUUUUCAGAUGCAAAUAAAUUCACAAUCAUCGGAUGUGAUGAUUUCUCCAUAAUAUCAGGAACAUAUGGGUCUGUUUUCUCCACAGGUUGUGUUUCCCUUUGUUAUGAAAAAGAGGACCUUCGUGAUGGUUCUUGUACUGGUAUAGGUUGUUGCCAAAUUUCAAUACCAAAGGGCUUACAGAGCUUUCAAACUUCUCUUGGCACCCUUGAUAAUCAUAGUAGAGUCUGGUCCUUUGACCCUUGUGGUUAUGCCUUUCUAGCAGAGCAAAACACAUACACAUUUCAUUCAUCUGACCUCAUGGAUGGCACAUUUGCAAACACAAUCAUCCAAAAUGUCCCGAUACUCCUAGAUUGGGUGAUUGGCAACAAAAGUUGCGGCCAAUCACAGAACUCGAGUGAUUAUGCAUGUCAGAAGAACACUUAUUGCAUUGAUUCUGACACAGGUCUUGGUGGGUAUCGUUGCAGCUGCUUGGGCGGAUAUCAGGGCCAUCCAUAUCUCGACCCAGGUUGCACAGAUAUAAACGAAUGUGAGAAUAGUCCAUGUGUAGCAAAGUCCAUAUGCACUAAUUCUCUUGGUAGCUAUAAUUGUUUGUGUUCUGAUGGCCUUACGGGUGAUGGCACCAAAAAUGGCACUGGCUGCUAUAAACAUAAGAAACCUAUAUCAACGCUGAAGUUAUCAAUAGGUUUUGGUUUAGGCUUCUUGGUUUUAAUAAUCGGCAUUAAUUGGUUAUACUUCAUCAUUCAGAAGAAGAAACUCAUGAAAGUCCGAGAAAAGUUUUUCGAGCAAAAUGGUGGUUUCUUAUUGAAGCAACGACUUUCUUCUAAUGAGACUACUAUAGAAUCAACUAAAAUAUUUUCUGCAAAAGAUCUUGAGAAGGCCACCAACAACUAUUCCAGUGAUCGCAUCCUCGGCCGAGGGGGUUAUGGAACAGUUUACAAGGGGAUAUUGAGAGAUAAACGUAUUGUUGCAAUCAAGAAAUCCAUAAUAAUGGAUCAGAGUCAAAUAGAGGUUUUCAUUAAUGAGGUAGUUAUUCUGACUCAGGUUAACCACAGAAACGUGGUCAAAUUAAUGGGAUGUUGUUUGGAAACUGAAGUACCUUUGUUAGUAUAUGAAUAUGUAUCAAACAAUACCCUCUUUUACCAUAUCCAAAACAGUGGGGACAUGCCCUGGUUUUCUUGGGAAAAUCGACUGAGGAUUGCUACAGAAGCGGCAUGUGCACUUGCCUAUCUUCAUUCUUCGGUAGGAAUGCCGAUUAUCCAUAGAGAUGUUAAGUCUGCCAACAUCUUGUUGGAUGAGUGUUAUACUGCAAAAAUAGCAGAUUUUGGAGCUUCAAGACUCAUCCCUAUUGAUCGAACACAAGUGACCACUCUUGUACAGGGGACCCUGGGUUAUCUUGAUCCCGAGUAUUUCCAAACAAGCCAAUUGAGAGAGAAAAGUGACGUUUAUAGUUUUGGGGUGGUCUUGGCUGAGAUCCUCACAGGGAGAAAACCUCUGUGUAUUCAAAACAGUGAAGAAGAGAUGAACCUAGCUACUUACUUUGUAAUGUUUGUGACAAAGAAACGCCUCUUCCAAAUUAUUGAGCCAAGAAUUUUGAGGGAAGGGAGUUUGGAGCAAGUUAGCGCAGUAGCUGAGAUUGUUAAAAGAUGUCUCGAGUUAAAAGGCGAAGAAAGACCAACUAUGAAAGAAGUAACAAUGGAACUGGAGAGGUUAAGAAAGUAUCAUUUACAGUCUCACAAACAAGAAGAGAUAAUCCCCGAUAGAAACAUGGGAUUAACAGGUGAGCAGCAUCCUGAUCUAUAUCCAGUGUCGAUGAAUUUGGCACAACAAAUUGAUUAA